AUGUCGCACAACCGCUACUCGUUUGGGAACUCUUCAGGCUAUCAAAAUUCCGACCCGGCCAUGCUCACCACCACUGGCCCUUUAAUGAGCGUGCAAAGGGUCCAGAACGUUGCUGACAAUGCUCAUAACACUACCACGCAUUUUCGGCGUGAUACGGAGACCCUACAAACGGAAUAUAUCCAGGGUCCAACGCAGGUCCUGAACACUGGCUUUCCCUCUCCAAUGCCUACCCGUGGGACGGUCUCGAUCAUGAUCCACCCUCAAGUGCAAAUAUAUUUGCGCAAUAUUCUCAUGUCCAUGAUAGCUCCCGCUGAUAUCCCCCAAGAAAUCUGGCCAUAUCUGGGAGUGCUUUGCGACCCAUCGUCUUCUAUUUUCGUCGAACCUCGCCCAUCGACGGCCAGUCCUAUCGAAUACACCCAUACGAUGAGCACGAGUCAAGACACCGCCUCACACACAGUCCCAUUUCCUGGAAAUGUGCCCCUCUCUCCUGAAACCACAACCGAGUGGAGUCCAAACAGCUUCCACACCAGUCUAAACAAUCAAGAGAUUCGCUGUCGCUGGGGUGACUGCAGAGUACCCAUUAUGUCCAGCUCAUUCGGAGCAAUAGAGGCUCACCUUAGGACACAUCAUUUUGGGCAGGAGCGUGGAAUAAUUUGGGUUCCCGGUGACCGAGGAAUGUGCCAAUGGGUUGGCUGCACAUGGCAGCGGCCAAUGCUGCAUCGGAGCUUCGCAAAGCACAUUGCCACGCAACAUCUUGGGACGACCGCGACUAGCUGUCCAGAUUGCGGCGAGGAAUUUACGCGUGGUGACUCAAGGAACAGACACGCUCUCUUGAGGCACGGCGGUGCGCUGGGUUCUCCAAGCCUCCCAUAG